GUCCAAAUUUAUGCUUAGGUAUAAAGAAAAAACAAUUCUCUGAUUUAUGGAUGCAUUUGGUGAUUAAAAAUGUCAUCUUUAAGAAGAAGUUCUUCUGGAGGGAAUCUGAGAAGUGCUUCUCCUAAUGUAAAGAGGAAGGGAAGUACAACGAAAUCUAAUGGAAAACUAUCAGCAAGAUCUACUAGUUCUAGUGUCUCUGACAUUUUAUCAGUUUCACCAAUGGAGAUGAAUAAAAAUAAGAAAACUGUGAGAGGCAACAGUGGAAGAACUGUUACAAGUAGUCAAGAUAACUUGAGGAAUCCUAAACCACAGUUAACGCAAUCAUUUAAUGUAUCAUAUACAGACGGCCAAAAGGGUAAAAAGUCUGCACGAAGGCCUGCUUGGUCUUUGAAACCAUCAAUAGAAGAUACUCCAAGAAGUGAAGCUUCUACCAUUGACACAUACAACCUACCAACAAGACCAUCACUAGAUGAUUUUUUAGACUUUCGUGAUAAAGAAACCAGUCCUCCUCACAAUAAAAAUACAGGAGAAAUACACAAAAAGAGUUUAUUUGAAUACUUAUCGGUGGAUACUGCACGAACUAAUGACACAUUUCCGCAGGAUACUUCCAAAACUGAUAAUACAUGGGAUACGUAUCGAAGUGAGGAAAGUAGUGCAACUAGCACAGUCAAUAUUAAGCCAUUUCCAUAUGCAAGGCAAAAAGAGGUAAACAAUGAUGUAAAUCUAGAGCAAUUGGAUGACGAUGAUGAAACAGUUAUAAGAAGUUGGGGCGGCAAGCCUAUAACCAAAAAAAGCACACUUAAAAAGACAUCCUCCAUAAGUUCAAAAACCAGCAAUUCGAGUGUUGGUAGCUCUAAAAAUGUGAAUAAAAAUUCUUCAAGAUCUUCUUUACAACAAAACAUCACUUCUAAAGCUCGUACGAAUGUAAUUUCUGAAAAUUUAAAGAAGAAAGAUUAUCUUUUGCUAAACGGAAAUGUAAAAAAAACUACUUACGAAAAAUCACAAAAAUCACAAGGCGAAAAUAAAAAAUUUAUGGAUAGAAAAAGGGAGUUGGCUGCUGCUUGUAUACAGUUAUGGUGGAGAAAAAUACGGAUACGGAAAACAGCUGGUGCAGCUGCUAUGCAAAGAAUGAUGGAAAACAAGCGAAAAGAAAUGGAAUUUAAAUUAACUUUGGAAAGAAAAAAGGAAUAUGAAAAACAAGUGGAAGAAUUUGAAGAAAUGUCAAAAAAAGAAGAAAAAGCAAGAUUGGCGAGACAAAAAAUUAUUGAUGAAAUGCAUAAUAAGAGGGAGUCACAGUCAAGAAAAAAAAAAGAUAAACCAGUGAAAUUCAUGCAAUCUAAUGGAAAAGUUACAUCUACAACAAAGAAUUCAAAACAGAAACCUGUUGAACAACCUUUGAAUGAAAUUCAUAAGAAAACUAAACAAAAGGAGAUUCGACCUGAUACAGCUAGCAGUGUUGCAAGAAAGGUUGAUGAAAUAUUUGAGUCAUCCAGCAGAGGCAGCAAUAGUCCCAGGUUUUUAGAUGCUGACUCCAAAAUCGACAGUCACUCUGAAGACGAAUCUACGGUGGUAACAGCUGAUGUUAAAAGCGGCAAAACAACAUUCAAUGACUUAUUGAACACGCUAAAAGAACUUGAAGAUGAGCCGAUUGGAUUUACACAAUCGUCAUCUGUUGAAUUGUGGGGAAAUCCAGGAAGAAGAAAUAAAGAUUCUUUGUCCACAGAAGAAGUACAUGCUCUUCCAAUGAGUGAAGAGAAACCGAUGCCUGGAUCCUUGUUAUCAGAAGACAAGCUAAAGACUAUUAUGAGUUUUCUGGAUGAAGUGGAAAAGGUGGAAGAUGAUGUACGAAGUGAAGUGCUAAGCCAAUCAAAAGUGUUGUAUCAAUCAAAGAACAUACCCCAUGAAGAAGUGAGUGCUCAACGAGAUUCUGUGAUAGAUUCUGCUUCACAGGUUGCAUCAGACAUCAGUAAUGCCAUCACUGCACAAAGGUUGGAAAUAGAUGAGAAUAAGCGAACUGUUGACAUGAUGAAAAAAGCCAUGGGCCAACAGAAAGAAUUUACGACAAUGCAACUGCGCGAAAUGGAUAAGGAACACAAGCAACAGCUAUCGCUGCAGCGGAAAGAAUAUGAAGCCACCAUACAAAGACAUUUAUCCUUCAUUGACCAACUUAUAGAUGACAAAAAAGUGCUGACACAGCGAUGUGAAGAUUUAGUAUCCAAACUUAAAGACAUUGAUCAAAAGUACUCAACAAAAAUAAAGCAACUUACAGAAAAUCAUGCUGUUGAACUGAAGAAACAAAAAGAAGUGGGAGAGGCUGCUGAGAAAUUGCGUCGGGAGAAGUGGAUACAUGAGAAAACACAAGAAAUCAAAGAAAUGACUGUCAAAGGCUUGGAGCCAGAUAUUCAAAAAUUAAUUGCAAAACAUAAAGCUGAAAUCAAAAAGAUAAAAGCCAUGAAACAGGGAGAAGUGCUCGAAGCAGAUGAAAGGGUUGGGCGGAAAUAUAUUCAACAAAUUGAAGAUGUUCGAAGUCAACUUGAAAAAGAGAAAGAAAUAGCUGUACGAAAAGAAAGAGACAAUGCUAGGCAAAGAUUUGAAACCCAGCUUCGUGAGGAAGAAGAAUCAUACCAACAACAACGUCGCCGUUUAUACAAUGAAAUUGAAGAAGAAAAAGAAAGGUGUGCUGAACAAACUAUCCAAAUGAAAAAAGAGUUCGACGAUAGAAGAAACGCUUACGAAGCUUCUGCGAAGCAAACACUCACCGCAGCUUUAGAAGACCACGAAAGAAAAUUAAAAGAGUUACAAAAAAAUCACGAGGUCGAUAUGAAAAACUAUAAAGAACAAAUUGACAUUGAAAAAGAACAAUGGAUUGAGAAUUACAUGAAAAAACAGGAGACUCAACUUCUUUCUAAAGAACGACAAUUGAAGGAGGAUGUGCUAGACGCACGUGAUAAAGAAAUCGAAAUGGUGAUUGCACGUCUCGAACAAGAAACUGCUGUCAACAGAGAGGAGGCUGAACGCGCUGCUGAAAAUAGAAUCAAACGAAUACGAGAUAAGUACGGAAACGAAAUAAAAGAACUCGAGCUUUCCGAACAAAAUCUUCAAGAAAAAUGCAGCACUAUGAAGGAGCGUGUUGAAGACAUGGAGAACACUUGCAUUCGUUUAAAGAGUGAAGCAAAGCAGAAGGAGCAAGAGGUUAUAGACAUGAAGAAAUUAACAGAUCGCUUACAAGAGGAGAGGGGAAAAGUUAGUGAUAUCAUUCGACAGGAGUUCGCUGACAGGUUAGUCGCGUUAGAAGAAGAAUCGAAACGGCUUCGUAACGAGUUGAGCGAAGAAAAAGCACGUCACCGCUUUGAUGUGGAUCGAAUCACGAAAGAUAAAGAAGAUGAAAUGGAAGAAGUUCAUAAAAGAGUAAAGAAAGCCAUCUCGAAAAAAGAAGAGACCACACAAAUGCUGCGUCAGCAAAUGACGGCUGCUGAGAAACGGGCAGAGCACUUAGAACAAUUACUAGCUGAGCAAAGAAAAAAACUUUUGACGAAAUAACACGUGUUCUUAGUACAGCAUUUAUGAAUAACAACGCACCUAGAUUGUGUUUUCACUGUUAUGUAUGACACAUUAUGUUGAAAACUAAAGCAAGAUUUAUUGCUUCAGUGAAACCAUGGCGAAGUUAUUUUGGGGGGCAAUAAGUCAAAUUGGCAUAUCGAACAAUAUUUGCAAACUUUCGAGAAUUAAUUUUUUCGAGAUCUAGUUAUUUUAUGACAUUCUUCACGUAAGCAAAUUUGAGUGUUGAAAAGAAUUUCUUGAGAUAAAUCGUGAAAGUUUUGAAUAUAGCUCGUGUUUUAUUUAUUCACAAUUUCUCUUGUAAAUAUCCAUAUAUUUGUUUUAUAUUGUAUAUAUAUUAUAUAUUUAGACUAUGAUGACAUUUUCUUUUUUGUUUUAUGUAAUUUUACCAUGUAAUUUAUUGUAUAAUUAAAUGAAUAUUAAAUUCUUUAACCAAA